AUGGGUAUCUCUCGGGACAACUGGCACAAGCUCUGCAAGACUGGGGGCAAGAGAAAGCCCUACCACAAGAAGCGGAAGUAUGAGCUGGGACAUCCGGCUGCCAACACUAAGAUCGGCCCCUGCUCCAUACACACAGUACGUGUUAGAGGAGGCAACGAGAAGUACCGGGCCCUGAGGCUGGAUACGCUAGUGAAGAACUGCAUUGUGCUCAUCGACAGCACACCGUACCGGCAGUGGUACGAGUCCCACUAUGCACUGCAUCUGGGCAGCAAGAAGGGAGCCAAACUGACUCCUGAAGAGGAAGAGAUAUUAAACAAAAACGAGGGACGACUCUCUGGCGUCUCCAGGGCUCAGGGCGCCGGAAACACGUGUGUGCUCACCUACGUGUACACACGUGAGCACACCUUCAGCAGUGGGGGGCGCUCUGGCCGGCAGGGGGCAGCACAGACUCAGCUUGCAAUUACCCGGCGCAGCCCCGAGGGAGGAGGGCGUGCUGCAGUCCCGGCGGCGGUGGCGGCGGCGGCGGCGGCUGGAGGUGCAGCUUCCCAGGUGGGAGGCGGGGGCUGCAAGCACAGGAAGAGCCGCCUCGGGAGCAGGCUCUCAGCUAGGCCUCCUCCGGCCCCCAGCGCGACGCGGCGAGUGGGAGCAGCGCGCCAGGAGCACGCAGGCGCCUUGUCCAGCUGGCCCUCCGCCGGCGCGCGGCGCGCGGCGCGGGAGCAGCCCGCAGCCCGCCCCCUGCGCCCCCCACAACCCACGACUCCCCUAGUCCGUCUGUGGACGGCCUUUGGGAGCGGCCCCUUUGCAGCCAGCACAGAUCACCCGCUCUGGAAAGCUCGCGGCGGCUGCAACUGCGGGAUAGCGCCCGGAGGCAGCGUGUACCCGGCUGGCGGUGGGCCCCUGCUCACGGGCGGCGCGGCAGUGCACAUCCCCGCCGCUGGUGCCGCCAAGGCUACCCUCUACUGCCGCGUCUUCCUGCUCGACGGGACCGAAGUAAGAGUGGACCUGCCGAAACAUGCCAAAGGCCAGGAUUUGUUUGAUCAGAUCGUGUACCACUUGGACCUUGUGGAGACAGAUUACUUUGGACUCCAGUUCCUCGACUCAGCCCAGGUCGCGCACUGGCUGGAUCAUUCCAAACCCAUAAGAAAGCAGAUGAAAAUUGGACCUGCUUAUGCUUUGCACUUUCGGGUUAAAUACUAUUCUUCAGAACCGAACAACCUGCGUGAAGAGUUUACAAGGUACCUGUUUGUUUUACAACUCAGGCAUGACAUUCUUUCGGGAAAAUUGAAAUGCCCUUAUGAAACUGCUGUGGAAUUAGCCGCACUCUGUCUACAAGCAGAGCUUGGCGAGUGUGAGCUUCCGGAACACACCCCAGAGCUUGUGUCUGAGUUUCGGUUCAUUCCAAAUCAGACAGAAGCAAUGGAAUUUGAUAUCUUCCAGAGAUGGAAAGAGUGCAGGGGAAAGAGCCCUGCCCAGGCGGAACUCUCAUAUCUGAAUAAAGCGAAGUGGCUGGAAAUGUAUGGGGUAAACAUGCACGUUGUCAGGGGAAAAGAUGGCUGUGAAUAUUCUCUUGGACUGACGCCGACAGGCAUAUUAAUCUUUGAAGGAGCUAACAAAAUAGGCUUAUUCUUUUGGCCAAAAAUUACCAAAAUGGAUCUCAAAAAGAGCAAAUUGACAAUUGUGGUGGUUGAAGAUGACGAUCAGGGCCGUGAGCAAGAGCACACAUUUGUGUUCCGGCUAGACAGCGCCAGGACCUGCAAGCACCUCUGGAAAUGUGCCAUCGAGCACCAUGCCUUCUUCAGGCUUCGGACUCCAGGAAAUAGCAAGUCGAACAAAUCAGACUUUAUCAGGCUGGGAUCUCGCUUCAGGUUCAGCGGGCGAACAGAAUAUCAAGCUACGCAUGGGUCCAGGUUACGAAGAACCAGCACCUUUGAAAGGAAGCCCAGUAAACGCUAUCCGUCUCGAAGACAUUCCACUUUCAAAGCAAGCAACCCCGUGAUUGCGGCUCAGCUCUGCCCUAAACCAAAUCCUGAAGUCCAUAAUUACCAGCCUCAGUAUCAUCCUAAUAUCCACUCCAGCCAGUCUCGGUGGCACCCCCAUUCUCCAAAUGUCAGCUACCCGCUCCCGUCCCCAGUGCUCACCAGCUCUGACCGGCUGCCUUUUGGCAUCGAGGAGAAUGGGGGCACACCAUUCAUCACCAAAGCACCAGGAAGGCACCACCAGUACCACCACCAGCCCCAGCAUCAGCACCAUCCAAACUAUGGCCUCACACUGACCCUGGAGAACAAAGAGGGGCCUUUGAGGUCCCCAGGCGCCAGCAGUAAGUCCCUUACAAAACUGAGUCCAGGAGUACCUGCCCUGUUCAGUGAUGCUGCUGCCCAUAUAAAGAAGCUGGAACUGGAAACAGUGAAGGCUGUUGGACCCUGGCCUGCUCUGCACAUCAACAUAAACAAGGCUGAAGACAAGAAAGUCUCAGAGAAGACUCUUCAGACUCCACUUUUGCCUUCUCCAAUAGCUGAUCAUGUCAAGUGCAACAUUUUGAAAGCCCAGUUGGAGAAUGCUUCCAGAGUGAAUGCCCAGGUUGGAAAAGAGGAAUCAACAUUUAUAAAUAUCAAUAAGAAAUCCAGUCUUCAGGAUGCUAAUGUAAGAAGUCCCAUUGCUAUACAUGUGGAAACUCCCCAGCCAGCUGUGGAAAAGCCGGAGAUCAAGCCUCCCAGAGUGAGGAAGUUAACCAGACAAUACAGUGUUGAUGAAGACGACCUCCCUCCGGACUUGGCUGAGGCAGUAGGAGCAACCACAACGACAACCACAAACACAGUCACCACUACCACCAUCACUACCACACAGAUCUCAGCGCCACUGGCAUCUCCCAAGAUCCAGAAAGUCAGCUCGCCUCAGAAGUCAGAAGGCAAGGGCCAGUCAUCCCCAGGAGCCAAGAGCCCCUCAGAACGAGGAGGUCCCUUGACCUUGGAGCCUGGUGAUCUUCUGAUGGAUUUCACAGAAGCUACUCCUCUGGCAGAGCCCGCCAGCGCCCCCCACUGUGCCCACUCUCGCUGUUCUCCUCCUCUCUCUCUCCCCAUGAAGGAAGAGCUCACUGGAGUUUGCAUGCACCCUCCAAUCAAAACGAGGCUGAUAAAAACAUUCCCGGCUGAUACAGUGAACCCAUUUCCUGAGCCUUUCACCACAGGGCCACAAUUUACUGCCGAUUUUCGAGAAAGUAAAUUGCAGUACUGCCCUGGGCAGUCUUCGCCACUGAUUCCAGCCACGGCCCUGAGGCCUUUGACAGAGUCGGUGUCUACGGUGCAGACCCUCUACACCACCCGCAAGCCGGUGUCUCUGGCUGCCAGUGCAGAGACACUGCGGCAGGAACUGGAGAGAGAGAAAAUGAUGAAAAGACUGUUGAUGACCGAACUGUGA